AUGGAGGAGACCAACAUAACAAACCUCACUCUGAACUACACAAUUUAUGACUAUAUGGACAUUGAUGAACUUUACAGACAUGAAUGCUCAAGAAUAUCAUAUGCACUAGUUGUCUUUGCUGGUGUCUGCGUGGGGAUUUCCCUCUGUGGGCUUGUGGGGAAUGGGGUCGUCAUGUGGUUCCUGGGCUUCCACAUGAAGCAAAGCCCUUUCACUGUCUACAUCCUGAACCUGUCUGUUGCUGACUUCUCCCUGCUCCUCCUGUUUUUCCUGCUUCUACUAGCAAUUUUGAUCUUAACAUCAUUCUGUUCUUCUUUGUAUCAUUUUGUUCCUCACUACCUACACUUUGCAUUUAUAGUUAGCUUUCUGUGCCACUUCUUUGACCUGAGCAGCCUGGGGCUGCUCACAGUCAUCAGCGUGGAACGCUGCAUCUCUGUCCUCUUCCCAGUCUGGUACCGCUGUCGCCGCCCCAAGCACCUGUCAGGCGUCGUGAGUGCAAUGCUCUGGGCUCUCACUGGCGGUACAAAGCUAUUAUUCCCUGAAAAUGCCCCUCUGCUGCUGGCAUUGCUGAACUGCAGCCUCAACCCAAUGAUUUAUGUCCUGGUGGGGAGCUGCCGGCGGCGCCGUUUCCAGCGCUCCGUCAAAGUCGCUCUCCGCCGCGUGUUUGAGGAGAAAGAAGGGAGUGAGGAGGGGAGUCACAUGCCUAGGAACACUGUGGUGGAGCUGACUGCUCCGUAA